AUGAAUUUUCAAAUUUAAGCAACUCAGAAAAAUUAAAUGAACAUUCAAAUGAUUUAAGCAAUUCAGAACAAUACUCAAAUGAAUCAAACAAAUUAGAUCAAUAUUCUAGUGAAAGUUCAAGUGAAUCAGAUAUAGAUUGGAAUAAUCAGAAAGAGCAAUUAUUUGACAAUAUAGAUUGGGAGGAUAAUGAGACAGAAUAUUUAUAUGAUUAUAUAACUUUGAAUAAUUUGGAGAAUUAUGAAAAAUAUUUGCAAGAUAAUGAUAAUGAUUUGACGAAUUCAGAUAAUAAUACA